AUGGUUGCGAUCAGUUGUGACGAAGACCACCCAUGUCUGAACUGCCUUAGGCGCGGCAUGGACUGUACAUUCGAACAUCGCAGCAGCGCCACACCCCCAAGGGUAAAUGAAGACUUUGGCAUCCUAUCCGACAUAAGAGGCCGCAUGCUAGACAGUAGUGACGCCCCAUGUCCCCGAACAUUAAGCGAAGACCCCUUUCGUACCUUCAGCGACAGAUUAUCAGGGGGGACCUUGUUCCCUCAAGAAUGGACGGCCCAGGACCCAGAGCUGAUGCAUCACUAUACAAUCCACACAUCCAAAACAUUCGCCAGGCGGCCGCAAAUGCAGGAGACAUGGCAGGUCGUUAUUCCGGAAAUUGCAUACUCGUACGAGUUUCUCAUGCAUGGGAUUCUGGGUCUAUCGGCUCUCCAUCUUUCUUACCUCAAACCCGAGAGAUACAGCCACUACCUCGCCGGUGCUGGAUUCCACAUGUCCCUGGGCUUGCGGUCGUAUCGAAGGAUCCUCCUGUCUCCGUCUCGCGACAACAGCUGCGCUCUGUUCUGCUUCUCUAGCCUUCUCAUGGUCUACAUCCAUGCCUCCCCCACGGAUCCUCCCGAGUCUCACUCGGCUAACGGGCUCGACUCAAUCGUCGAGCUUCUCGGACUAUGUCGAGGAACUCUGGUCCUCCUUCCGUACUUUGACCGGAUACGGACAAGUCCUCUGAAGCAAUUAUUCCUACGAGAAUUUAUGGUGGAGGAUGCAAAUGAGACAACCAAUCAGACCACCUUUUUCAAAGACUACGGCUCCCACCUAGCAGCCCUCCAAACGCUCAUAACAUCCAAAAUUCCCAACGCCACAGAAAGGCCCACCUUCCUCCAGGCCCUCGACCGCCUCAAAGCCUCAUUCACCUGCAUAGAAAACGCCUCGCCACCCCUCGAAUGCGGUAUGCUCUAUGUGUGGCCGCUUUCCGUCGAGGAGCAGUACUUUGAAUUCCUUCGGCAACGACAUCCCGUGGCGCUCGUGCUUCUGGCGUUCUAUUGUGCGCAGCUCCGUGCAUUUGAGGAUUAUUGGUUUGUCGGCCGGCAAGGGGCGGUGUGGUUGGAGCAUGUUGAGGCUGUCUUGGAGGGGAGAUUGAAUGAGUGGCUUCUUUGGCCGAGGGGAGUAUUUUCGGAUUAG